UUGCUUCACAUAUGCGAAUUGUCAUUUAUUAUUGUUUCAACAGCAGUGAUUGUUUAAAAGUUUAUUAUUGUAUAUCGCGUUUAAUUUAGCGCACAAUUUACAGCUGCAUUUCAUAUUGACAUACUAAUAGCACAACUCUCUUGAGUAUUUCAAUUAAAACAAUGUAUUUGUGAGAAUAACAACAGGUAGAUGAAUGGAACGGCGGUAUCAGAUAGGUACCUUUAUAUUGUUUUUAGCUAACUACACGAACUCGCUGUAUGUUUUACUCGCAUUAAGUAGUGUUCAUAUUGCUGAUCAUUGGUUAAAAUGGUGCUGGGCACAAAUGCCGAAAAUGUCAUAUACUUCUCUAUGCAAGUGCCAGCAUUCACUUAUAGUGAAGAAGGACGCCUGCUCGCUGAAACGCCACUUUCAGUGUUGAGUUCUGAAACAUGCGUUAAGCUCUCGGAAAUGUUGAAUGUGCGUAAGAUUUUGAGACAUGCUGGACAUGAUCGUGACUGGCGUGGCAUAGCCGAACUGGCAAAAGUGCGUAACUUCUGUAAUAACAACUCUGAUGAUCCGAUGCAGACGGUGCUGAGUCAAUGGACACAGCGGCAUCAGGCGGAGGCUACUUGUUUGAAUUUGCUGCAUUUUCUUUCUAAAAUCGAUCGUUGGGAUGUGAGCGACGAUAUCUUUACGUUUUUGUUAAAAGAUGCACGCAAUUUUGAGUGCAGAAGGUCAAGUGCAACAAGUGACGCACAUAGAUGUGAGAUUGUGUCAAUUAGUGCGAAUCAGAGUAGUGUAAACCAUUUAGCUGUGAACAAUGAAAAUAAUGACGAUGUUUGCUGCGACAAUACCGAUGAUGAAGAAAACGACAAUGGUGGUUCAAGUUCAAGCUCACCAAGUCCACCGCCAAGUCCUCCACCAGAUGUGGAAUCUCUAAUUGAACGUGUUACGAUAUUAACAAUUGCAAAUGCUCAACCAACCGCACCACCAAUGGAACUUGCUGUGCCGGAAGCAAUGCAUGUAGCUAUGCCAACGCAGAAGCUAAUGACUGAAGAAUGCGGUGAUGAUAAAUACUUAGAUGAAGUGAAUCCGCUAACACGUCAGGAUGCCGCGCGUUUACGCAGAGGCUUGCCACUAACAAAAUAUGAUGCUUUCGUAUUGUACGCCGAUUCGGAUCAAUAUUACGCCAAUGAAAUGCAACAAAAAUUAGAAAAGUAUACUGAGUAUAACUUCCAGCUUGUGUUUAAGAAUCGUGACCUGCUCGGUGGCACUUUCUUUCACGAUGCCGUGACCGAACUCAUGGAGGAUCGCUGUAAUUAUGUGCUGUUAAUUGUAACACCAAAUUUUAGUCGGGAUUACGAGAGUUGUUUCUUCUUUCACAAUGCGCAAACGUUGCAAUUGCAGGAAAAUCGCCGCAAAAUCAUUCCAUUACAAUACGGCUUACAUUUACCGCGUCGUUUACGUGGCCUACAUACUUUAAAAUAUCAUAGCGAUCAUUUUUGGGGCCUAUUAGUCGAUUCUUUAAGCGUUAAAGAAUUGCCGCCACUAACAAAAACCGCAGAAUAUAAUCACACCAUAUCAGCGUUACCAAGUGCACCAAAACCUCCCGACACACCAUUGGUUGAUGAAGUUGGAAUUAAACCCAAAACAAAACCAAGAAUUAAAACGGGUGUUGAAAAACCCGCGGGAAAAAAGAAGUUCUUGAAAAAGCCCGACUGGAUCAAGAAGCAUAAAGUACAAGAAUAACGCAAAUGGUGCCUUAAUUAAGCAACAGCAAGGCGUGUGCGCAUUAGCUGUCGAAUUUUCAAGAAACCAAAAAUGUACAAUGAGAUCAACUGUUGUUUGUCAUGUGCUGUGCCUUUUCAAAUACAGUGGAACUUCUCUAACUCAAAUCAUCAUACUCCACAAAAAAAACGUCGAAAGGGCUUCCGAGUUACAGAAGGUAAUUUGUAUGAACUUUGACUUCUUCUUCCAAUUCAAUAGUUCGAAUUAUGGAGAAAUUCGAGUUAGGGAAGGAAAUUUGUAUGAAACGCUGUUGCCAAUUCAAUUCGAUUUAUGGAUUUAUGGAUCUUCGAGUUAGGGAAGCUCAACUGUAUUUGCAUUUUAUAUAAUUUUAGCUUAAUUUUGUUUAGAGAAUAUAGUUAAAUGCCAUUUUUGCAUCGUCUAUCUCAUAGUUUUAGUGAAAAAUAAAUAAAUGUACUUAAAAAUGUUUAU